AUGGAGCCGCACAAAUCAAGCAUUGAGCAGCUGGAAAAAGUAAUGGCAUCUCCCCUUGAUCGACAUGGGGAUUAUGCCCAUCAGCAGAAAUUGACGAGGAGGAUCAUGUUGAAGUUGGAUACAAGAAUCCUCCCCAUGCUCGCACUACUCUUUCUUUGCUCGUUCCUCGAUCGGACGAAUGUCGGAAAUGCAAAGAUCAUUGGCUUAGAAGAGGAUCUGGCGAUUACCGACCAUCAGUAUGACGUUGGAUUGGCAGUCUUCUAUCUCACUUAUAUUUGCAGCGAACUACCGAGCAAUUUGGUUAUGAAAAAGGCAUCUCCUAAGCUAUGGUUGCCAUUUUUAACGGCCGUUUGGGGAAUCAUUACAAUGUGUCUGGGAUUCGUUCAGAACUAUGCUGGAUUUGUCGCUGUGCGAGCUUUGCUAGGCAUUGCAGAGGGUGGUCUGCUUCCUGGAAUGGUCUUGUAUCUGUCUGCCUUCUAUAGACGAGGCGAUUUGGCUCUGCGGAUUGGUCUUUUCUACACGGCGGCUUCCCUGUCAGGUGCAUUUGGAGGCCUGCUUGCUCGAGGAUUGGCGGAAAUAGGACCUCGGGGCGGCAUUGAGGGCUGGCGCUGGAUUUUGAUCGUUGAAGGCCUCUUGACCUUCGUCUGUGGAGUCUUGAGCUUCUUUGUUCUUCCAAAUAGCCUGGAGACGGCGUCCUUCUUGACUGCCGAGGAAAAGGACUUUGGCCGGGAACGACUGAUGCUGGAUAAUCCCGGGUCAGCAGAAGGUGCCUUGGCCUCCGAAGCUGAAUCGUUCAAAUGGUCAGAAGUACGCCGAGGAGUUUUGGAUGUUCAAGUGUGGCUCUCUGCCUCGGCGUACUUUGCCAUUCUCUCAGGACUCUAUUCCUUUGGAUUGUUUCUUCCAACAAUCAUCAAAAACCUGGGAUUUGCCAAAGAUGCCAACGAGGUUCAGCUGUGGUCCGUUAUACCAUACGCUGUUGCAGCCGUGAUUACAGUGAUCGUGGCUAUUGUCUCUGAUCGUCUCCGCCUGCGAGGUGUGGUGAUGCUUUUCACUCUCCCAAUCGCCAUUAUUGGCUAUGCUGCGAUUGCCAACAUCAAUUCCCCGCGUGUCCAGUACGGGAUGACCUUCCUCAUGGCCACUGGACAAUAUGCCAGUGUGCCGUGUAUCUUGGUGUGGCUGUCAAAUAAUUCAGCAGGCCACUAUAAGCGUGCUACUACCUCGGCGAUGCAAUUGGCAAUUGCCAAUGCCGGAGGCUUUGUAGCAACCUUCAAUUAUCCCUCCCGAGAUGGACCUUUGUUCCAUCGCGGACACACCAUCAUCCUGGGAUUGUUGGUAUUCGCCUGGUUUAUGAUUCUGCUCAAUGUGCUGUACUGUGUGAAGAUCAAUCGGGACAAGAAGAAUGGGAAAUACGAUCAGUAUGCAGGGUAUGCUGAUGACCGUAACCCAGAGUUCAUGAUGGUUCUGUAG